ACUCAAUGCAUCGACCUUAAAUAUGGAAACCCUAUAUUCCUCUUUCCUCCCAAAACAAAACACUUCAUCAUUUAGAAUCCACCACCAAAAUAGCAACCCUAAACCUAAGAUCAAAGCAAACUCUUCUCUUACAACUUUUCAUCCCACAAAAGCAAAUCCACCCUCCAAAAAAUUAAUCCUACAAAAGAGAAGAAACCAAUCCUUUGUUGCAACCAUCCUCAACAAGCUAGACGACUUGAUAUGCAACUUCCUAGACUUACCCCUCCGCCCCUCCAUCGAUCCAAAACACGUCCUCGCCGGCGGCCUAGCUCCGGUGGACGAGCUCUCCCCCACCGCAUGCACGGUGGUCGAGGGAUCCCUGCCGCCCUGCCUCGACGGCGCCUACAUCCGCAACGGCCCAAACCCUCAGUUCAUCCCAAACGGACCCUACCAUUUCCUCGACGGCGACGGCAUGCUCCACCUCAUCAAAAUCUCUCAAGGCAAAGUCACCUUCUGCUGCCGCUACGUCAGCACACACAAACACGCAGCGGAGCGUGACGCCGGCUACCCUUUCGUUCCCAGCGUCUUCUCCUCUUUCAACGGCGCCGUCGCCUCCGCAGCACGCGCCGCGCUCCUGGCGGCACGUGUGCUUACGGGCCAGUUUGAUCCGAUCAAUCACGGCUUCGGCGCCGCCAACACGAGUUUAGCCCUAAUUUCCGGCCGCCUCUACGCCCUCUGCGAGUCCGAUCUUCCCUACGCCGUCGAUAUAACGGCGGAUGGAGAUAUAAAAACCCUAGGCCGCCAUGAUUUUGGAGCUACAGACCCGAUUACGACGAUGACGGCCCACCCGAAGAUCGAUAGGAUCACCGGAGAAGCAUUCGCGUUCGCGUACAACAUUGAGGCGCCGUUUCUGUCGUUUUUCCGAAUCGAUUCCGGUGGAGUAAAGCAAAAAAAUGUGCCGAUUUUCUCGAUGAAUGGCUUCUCGUGUGCUCAUGAUUUCGCCGUGACGGCGAAUUACGCAGUUUUCUUUGACAUCCAGAUCACGGUGAACCCGUGGUGGAUUCUGAGGGGGAGGUCGCCGGCGGGAGCCGACGCCGAGAGGGUUCCGCGGGUGGGUAUUAUUCCGAGAUACGCGGUAGAUGAGAGGGAUAUGCGGUGGGUUGAGGCGCCGGGGUUGAAUGUGUUGCACUGUGCUAAUGCUUGGGAGGAAGAGGGCGGCGCCGCCAUAACUCUGGUGGCGUCGAAUGCUGCGGCGGUGGAGAAUCUGCUGGAGAGAGUUGAUUUAGCGGAGUUGACGUUGGAGAAGAUCACGGUGAAUGUGGAGGCGGCGACGGUGGAGAGGCGGCCGCUGUCGAAGAAACCUCUUGAUUUCGCAGUCAUCAAUCCGGCUUAUGCUGCUAAGGAAAACAGGUAUGUAUAUGCAGUAGUAAUAGGCAUGCAGGCGGGGGUUGGGGUGGUGAAGCUAGACCUAAGCAUGGAGGAUGGCGGGGAUUGCACGGUGGCCAGCCGCCUAUACGGGCCGGGAUGCUACGGCGGCGAACCGUUUUUCGUGGCGAGGGAGCCGAACAAUCCGACGGCGGCGGAGGAUGACGGUUAUUUGGUGGCGUACGUGCAUGACGAGAAUGCUAAAGAAUCAAGGUUUGUUGUAAUGGAUGCCAAGUCGUCUACACUAGAGAUUGUGGCGGCGGUGAAGCUGCCACAACGGGUUCCCGGUGGCUUCCAUGGCCUCUUCGUCUCGGAAUCUCACCUCCAUAAAAUGUGAAAUACAUAAAGUAGUCUUGGCUUUCAGAUACCUCUUCAUUUUUCAUUAGUUUUUUUUUUCACAUUUGUUCAAUUUUAAAUUCUUGUAUUCUAGUUUAAUUUUGUAACUAGUAUUGAUUAUUGUCAAUUAGGAUAGCAUUUAAUUAUUUUUAAUUGAUUUUUAAGGUUAAUUAUUCUGUAAUUAGGAAAUAUAAUUUUUUUCAGAUUCAAUUUCUGCUAUUAAAUUA